ACCAUGUCCAUGCUGCCCACGUUCGGCUUCACGCAGGAGCAAGUGGCGUGCGUCUGCGAGGUGCUGCAGCAGGGCGGCAACAUCGAGCGGCUGGGCCGUUUCCUCUGGUCUCUACCGGCCUGCGAGCACCUCCACAAGAACGAGAGCGUGCUCAAGGCCAAGGCCGUAGUCGCCUUCCACCGGGGGAACUUCCGCGAGCUCUACAAGAUCCUGGAGAGCCACCAGUUCUCGCCUCACAACCACCCCAAGCUGCAGCAGCUCUGGCUCAAGGCACACUACAUCGAGGCGGAGAAGCUGCGCGGCCGGCCGCUGGGCGCGGUGGGCAAGUACCGAGUGCGGCGCAAGUUCCCGCUGCCCCGCUCCAUCUGGGACGGCGAGGAGACCAGCUACUGCUUCAAGGAGAAGAGCCGCAGCGUGCUGCGGGAGUGGUACGCGCACAACCCCUACCCGUCCCCACGCGAGAAGCGGGAGCUAGCGGAGGCCACGGGCCUCACCACUACGCAGGUCAGCAACUGGUUCAAGAACCGGAGGCAGCGGGAUCGGGCGGCGGAGGCCAAGGAAAGGGAAAACAACGAAAACUCCAACUCCAACAGCCACAAUCCACUUGGCACAUCCCUGAACGGCGGCAAGUCCGUGCUGGGCAGUUCCGAAGACGAGAAGACACUCGGGACCCCGGACCAUUCUUCCUCCAGUCCCGCGCUGCUGCAGAGCUCACCGCCACCGGGACUGCCGCCACUCCACAGCCUGGGCCAUCCACAAGGCCCCAGCGCUAUCCCGGUCCCCAGCGGAGACCCCCUGCAACAUCACCACGGCCUGCAGGACUCCAUCCUCAAACCCCAUGUCCGCCAACCUGGUGACCUGGCUCUUAGAGACGCUCGCCGCGGUCUGGUCCGGCUCCUUCCCUGCCCACCCUGCUCAGGCCCUCACCCCUCCCCAUAUCCAAGCCCCUCUCGCCCUCUGCCCGCCCUUCCUUUUGAUUCCACAAAGUUUUAUUAGAUUGGAAACUGUAUUUUUGAAAUGAAAGAAGGCAAAGUGCUGAGAAGAAGCGGCGCUGUCAGCCGAGGGCCGGUGGGCUGGCGGCGGGUAUUGGAGAAGGUACUGUAAAGACCCUGGACAGUAGGGGGAUGACGUCUUAAAGGGGUCGACCCAGGGCCGAGAGAGGCCGGGACCUGGGUGCUCAGCGCCGGAGGAAGGGGGUGGGGGGCUGUUCGUCUUUAUUUUUGUUGUUGUUAUUGUUGGUGUUUUACCCGAGUGGGUUUUUUUCCCCUCCUCCAGAUCUUUAGACCCUGUUUCUUGACCUCGGGGUGGGAAUAAAUUCUGGUCCUACUACCAGCGCUUUUGUUUCCUUGCCUGGACUUUAACCAUUCCCAGGCCACCUCCCAGAGGCUCGACCACUUUGUCUCUUUUCUCCCUUUCUCUGUCUCUGCCUGUCUGUCUCUCUUCACUUUCUCCCGCCUUUCUUUUGGGUUCUUGCUUUGGCUAAAACUCUGUCUCUUCUGAUUUUCUGUGCCCUCCGAAUCUGUCUUUUUUUUUCCUUCCCCUCUCACCCUCCCCAUUAUCACCACCACCAAUCUUCCUAUUGCUGUCUGUCCCUCUGCCUGGCUCCGUCGGUCUCUCAAUCUAAUUCCCCAAGUUAUCACCUUCCUUCUUCAGGAAGGAGAAGGCACAAGGCCCCGAGGGCCGAGGGGAAUAGAUUCUGAGACUAGAGCCCCCCGGGACCCCCGAGAGGUUCACUUCCAGCUGCAGGUGUAAGAUUUUCCUAUUUAACCUUGAAGGAGGGAAAGGAGAUCAAACCUGAUAUAAAUGGCCUCGGGAUUUUCUCUCCCGCGAUCCGGCUCCAGGACUGGACCUCCCUACUUCCCGGCUGGACGGACUGG